AUGUUAAUAAAGCUAAAAGUCAAGAUCUACAGAACAGUGAUAAGACCAGUGUUCAUGUAUGGAGCAGAAACAUGGGCUCUAACAAGAAAAGAGGGAGUAAAGCUUGAGACAACAGAGAUGAGAAUGCUGAAGCAGAUAAUGGGGAUAUCACUGCUGGAGAGAGGGGAAAAUGACAAAAUAAGAAGGGCAGACUUAGUAAAGAUUGCAGAGGUGAUAAGAGAGGCACGAUUGAGAUGGAAUGGGCAUGUGUUGAGGAUGGAUGAGGGAGUGAAAAGGGCUUGGGAGGAACCUGUUAGAGGAAGAAGAUCGAGAGGGAGACAGAGAUUUAGAUGGCGAGAUAAAGAGAAGGAAGAUAUGGAGAGAAGAGGUUUAGUGGAGGAUGAUGCCUUUGAUAGAGGGCAGUGGAGUAGACGCAUCAGGCAACCAACCCCUUAA